AUGUCCAUCCCAAAAACUCAAAAAGCCAUUGUCUUCGAGACUAACGGUGGCCCAUUGGAGUACAAGGAAAUCCCAGUUCCUGAGCCAAACUCCAACGAGUUGUUGAUUAACAUCAAGUACUCUGGUGUCUGUCACACUGACUUGCACGCCUGGAAGGGUGACUGGCCAUUGGCUACCAAGUUGCCAUUGGUCGGUGGUCACGAAGGUGCUGGUGUCGUUGUUGCCAUGGGUAAGAACGUCAAGAACUGGAAGGUCGGUGAUCUUGCCGGUGUCAAGUGGUUGAACGGUUCUUGUAUGUCCUGUGAGUUCUGUCAACACGGUGACGAGCCAAACUGUGCUCAAGCUGACUUGUCUGGUUACACCCACGAUGGUUCUUUCCAACAAUACGCAACCGCCGACGCUGUCCAAGCUGCCAAGAUUCCUCAAGGUACCGACUUGGCUGAGGUUGCUCCAAUCUUGUGUGCUGGUAUCACUGUCUACAAGGCCUUGAAGACCGCUAACUUGUCUGCUGGUCAAUGGGUUUGCAUCUCCGGUGCUGGUGGUGGAUUGGGUUCUUUGGCUAUCCAAUACGCCAACGCCAUGGGUUACAGAGUCUGUGCCAUUGACGGUGGUGAGGAGAAGAAGGCUUUCUGUCAAUCCUUGGGUGCUGAGAAGUUCAUUGACUUCACUAUCUCCAAGGACAUUGUCAAGGACGUCGUCGAGGCUACCAACGGUGGUCCACACGGUGCUAUCAACGUCUCUGUCUCCGAGAGAGCCAUUUCUCAAUCCGUUGAGUUCAUCAGAGCCACUGGUACCGUCGUUUUGGUCGGUUUGCCAGCCGGUGCCAAGGUCGUUGCCCCAGUCUUCGACGCCGUUGUCAAGUCUGUCAGCAUCAGAGGUUCUUACGUCGGUAACAGAGCUGACUCUGCUGAGGCCAUUGACUUCUUCUCCAGAGGUUUGAUCAAGUGUCCUAUCAAGAUCGUCGGUUUGUCCGAGCUUCCAGAGAUCUACACUUUGAUGGAGGAGGGUAAGAUCUUGGGUAGAUACGUUGUUGACACCACCAAGUAA